AAUGAGAAUGGAAAUGGCAUUAGGGAAGGGAAGAAGGAAGGGAGCGCGUUGAACAUUAAUGUGUAGUUGUUCAAAAGGGAAUAAAGAGAGAGAAAGAGAGAGAGAUGGCAUGUGGUGGGCUUUGAGCUGUGAUUUAGCUGCACCACCACCACCAUUAGCACCACAGCCACCCAAAUCUCAACGCACCUACUGCUACUGCUACUACUACUACCGCCUUCAACGCCUCCGCAAUUUGUUCCCAGAUCUCUGCUGUUUGGCGGUCGCAUUCUGCGUCGGAGUAUAUUUUUUGUGUGCUUUUUUCAGGUGCGAAGGCGGAUAGGGCUGGAGAUAAAUGUCUGCUGUGAGAUGAAGCAGAGGAGUUCGUUUACCUGCGUUUUGUGGCGGUGCUCGAGGAGCGUUUUGUUGGUGUUCGCUUUGUUUUUGCUGGUUCUGCGCUCGGCUGAUGCUACGCAGUUCCAAAUCGGGAGCAAUGGCGGACCGCUGACGGAAGCCGAAGUGAAAUACAUCACGAAAAGGCAGCUGCUGUACUAUCUGGAUGAGUUUGGGGACAGAGGCGAGAAUGUGAGCGUCGAUCCUUCUCUGGUGUUCGAGAACCCUAGGCUCCGAUCUGCUUACAUUGCUCUGCAAGCUUGGAAGAAGGCUAUUCUCUCGGAUCCGAGGAAUCUCACCCUCGAUUGGGUCGGAUCUAAUGUUUGCAGCUACACUGGAAUCUACUGUAGCCCCGCCCUCGACGAUCCUUCCGUCCGCACCGUCGCUGGAAUUGACCUCAACCAUGGCGACAUCGCCGGGUAUCUUCCGGAGGAGCUCGGCCUCCUCACAGAUCUCGGACUGUUUCACAUCAAUUCCAACCGUUUCUGCGGCAAGGUCCCCGAGAAGUUCAGGAAAUUGAAGAUACUGUUCGAGCUUGACUUGAGCAACAACAGAUUCGCAGGCAAGUUUCCUUACGUUGUUCUGAGCUUACCUAAGCUAAUCUAUUUGGAUAUUCGGUACAACGAGUUUGAAGGAACGGUUCCGUCAGAGCUCUUUGACAAGCCUCUGGAUGCUAUAUUCAUCAACCACAACAGAUUUGCCUUUGAAUUGCCUGACAAUUUCGGCAACUCGCCGGUUUCCGUCAUUGUGUUGGCGAACAACAAGUUCCACGGCUGUGUUCCGGCUAGCCUCGGCAACAUGAGUAAUCUGAACGAGAUUAUCCUCAUGAACAAUGGAUUGAUGGCGUGUUUGCCGCCGGAGAUUGGGAUGUUGAAGAAUGUGACGGUGUUUGAUGUCAGCCAUAACAAAUUGUUGGGAUCGUUGCCGGAUUCGAUCGGCGGAAUGGUCAGCUUGGAGCAGCUUAAUGUGGCGUAUAAUUUCCUAUCGGGAACUAUUCCACAGAGCAUAUGUUCGUUGCCGAGGCUCGAGAAUUUCACGUUCUCGAAUAACUUCUUCACCGGCGAGCCGCCGGCGUGCUUGGCUCUGCCGGCGAUCGAUGACCGCGUGAACUGCUUGCCGAACAGGCCUGUGCAGCGCUCGCCUCGGCAGUGUCAGAAUUUCUUGUCUAAGAAAAUCCACUGCGGUGCAUUCCGGUGCCAUCGGUUCAUUCCUACACUUCCACCCCCACCGCCUCCUUCGCCGCCACCGCCGCCGCCUGUUUAUUCCCCGCCCCCACCACCGCCUGUUUAUUCCCCGCCCCCACCGCCGCCUGUUUACUCGCCACCUCCACCUCCUCCACCGCCUCCGCCGCCGCCUCCACCACCGCCUUCUCCCCCGCCCCCAUCGCCUCCUCCACCGCCUCCACCCUCUCCUCCCCCGCCUUCACCGCCUCCGCCAUCACCCCCUCCGCCUGUCUACUCUCCCCCACCACCUCCACCUCCUCCGCCGCCUGUUUCCUCACCACCACCACCACCACCUCCUCCACCAUCUCCUGAACCUUACUACCCUCCCUGCAUCCGCUCACCCCCUCCGCCCUCUCCGCCCCCUCCAACUCACCCGCCACCCCCUCCGCCUCUAAAUUCACCCCCUCCCCCACCCCCACCACCACCACCACUUCCCUAUCCCUAUUACUCCCCUCCGCCGCCUGUUCACUCCCCACCUCCUCCGACGCACUCCCCCCCACCUCCACCACCACAUUCACCUCCUCCACCGCCAGUCCACGUCUACCCUUCACCGCCCCCACCAGUCCACUCUCCACCUCCGCCAACCUUCUCCCCACCGCCACCACCAACAUCGCCACCCCCACCCCCACCCUGUAUAGAACCACCGCCGCCGCCUCCUCCACCUUGUAUAGAGCCACCUCCGCCUCCUCCAUCUCCACCCCCAUGUGAAGAACACUCACCUCCUCCCCCCUCACCAUACGUACACAAAUCCCCAUCACCACCCCCACCCCCACCAUACAUUUACAAUUCUCCGCCGCCACCAUCCCCAUCUCCACCACCCACUCCAAUAUACUACGGACCACCCCUGCCUCCUGUAGUCGGGGUCUCAUACGCCUCUCCUCCUCCCCCACCCUUGUAUUGAUUCUUUUGAGGAUCUUCCUCCAAAACCAUUCCAUUCCAUUCCAUUUCAAAUCAGCAGACCAAAACUCCCCCACAUCAAUCUAGAAACAAAGAAAAGAAGAAAGAAAACAGGUACCGGACUGCCCAUUACUUUGUAUUAUUAUAUAAUUAUAAUUAUUAUUUUACUUACGACCUUACUUUCAGUCAGUCUCUCUCUCUCUCUCUCUCUUUCUCUGUGGCAUUCUUGAUUCUCAUCGGUGGGGAUGAGUCAGAAACCCAAAAUUCAUAUAUGAUCUACAAUCAAAUCCAAUUUGGGAUUGGAUUUGAUUUGAUUUGAUUUGAUUUGACGAUGAGAGCAUUUGUGCCCGGAAUUGGAUUAAAAAAAAUAUGUAUGAGGUAAUUUAUUUUGAGUUUGUUGCCUUCCCUGCCAUGGCGGAAGCAACUGCAAGUAUAGAUAAAGUGGGCAAUUGCAAGAUCAAAGGAUAGGGAUGAAUUAAAAUAGUAGAAUUUUCAUUUUCCUCCUCGAAUAUUAUCGAUCAUUGUUACUGUAAUGUUUGGAUUUGAUUUCUUCUGGGCGACGAUGAUGUUGAUGGUGCAGAGUUUAAUUUGUGAAAAAUAAAGUAGGAAGGAUUGAUUAGCAGGAAGGCGACUAUGAAUGUGACUGUGACUCUCUCUCUCUCUCUCUGUCUCUCUGUAUGUAUGAAGAUGAUAGAUAAUCAGAGGGCCAGAGUGUGGCUUGGCUUC